CGCAACAGCUGCAUAGUGAGUGAUUUGCAAACAUUGAAAGCAAGGCAUUUCGUCCGGCUAACAAUUGGCUAACUCAGCUAAUCAGAUUUCCAGAAAGAAAGAAGCUACCAAACUAACACCCCAGAUAUUAUUAGUUACUAUAGCGAUUGUUGGCACACAAUAAGAAUACCUGACGAAGUCUGAACAUAAUGGUUUUGCCUGUCAGGACAAUUCCUCUGUGUGAAUCACAAGAUAUCAACUGAUCAAGUUUAUGCCCCAUUACCUGGCAGUGACUGGCAAGCCUUGACUGCUUCUCUUGUACAGGAUGGAUCAUACGGGUUUACUGAAACUCUUAGCAUACGCGCUGUGCUGAAAUUUAAAAAGCCUGUUUGGAAAAUUUGGCAAGUUCCAUGGAAGUGUUAAGAGUUAUUUGGUAUUGUGUAAUCUAAUGCAUGAUGUCCUUCAUGAGUAUUUCAAAUGAAUGACUCUUUUUCACAUGUCUCAUAACAUUCAACAUAUUGUUUCAUACAAGCUUUCAACUGAAACUAAACAAGAAAGAAAUACCCAAGUAAAUUCCUGCUGACAUGCCUACCCACCCAUUGAUCCCAUAUGUGGAAAGUCCUGAUGGACUAGGUCAUGACAUUCUCAGCCACAGCAAUGCAAGCAUGCCUGGUACUGGAUCUAGCAUGACGCCCCACGCCAGCGUGGUGGAAAAACUAGACACGCUGGCAGAAAGUAGCCUACCUCUAGACUGCAUGUUUUGCGAGGAGACUUUCCUGCAUCAGGAAGACCUGGGACCACACCUUCUUUCCCAGCAUCCCACAACAUUUCACGCUCCCGCAGUGUUGCGCGUGGAAGCGGAAUUCUUAACUCCCAGCGAAAGGGCUCGUUCUAAGACCUGCCAAGCUGUGGAAAAGAAUGAGGAGCUCUGUUGUGUCGUGUGCGGCCAGGCCGUUGCAGAUGCGACCGAGCUGGAAACGCACAUGCGGAAACACAAGGACUCUUUCACAUACUGCUGCGGCCUCUGUGGACGUCGUUUCAAAGAGCCGUGGUUCCUAAAGAACCACAUGAGAACCCAUGGUGGAAAGGCUAAAAACAAAAACCAGGACCUGGAGAUCCCUGCCACCGUUAAUGACAUCAUCCAAGACCAACCCCCAUCACCUGUGGUCACGUCGUACAAAAUGUGCAUGGUAUGUGGCUUCUUUUUCCUGAACAAGGAAGUUCUGGCUGAGCACAGCAAGGUCCACAAUCGUGAACUGGAAGUGGAUGAGAACUUGUCCUCCGAUAGCCAACCUGCUGAGGAGGUUCCUGUAUCUCAGAAGGCAUUUUUGCAGACCCUACAGUUGCAUCCUUCGGGUGCAAGAGAAGAAGCUGAACAGAGUCAUCCAUCUGGACGCUGGAUAUCCCAACUUGAUCCUUUUAACACCUACCAGGCUUGGCAGUUGGCCACCAGAGGCAAGAUCGCAGCAGGUCCAAACUUGGCCAAGGAGCUCAAUGCAGACUCCAACUCUGACAAUGAGGACUCUGGUUCUGAAAAAGAGGAACUAGGGGCCAUUUGGGCUUCUGGUGGUGGAGAUAAACCCAGGCGAGGCCUACAAAAUGAACUCAAGCCUAGUGAGACUCCUUCCCCAUCACCUGAGCAAAAAGGUCUGAUUCGUAAAGACAAGCCAACAAACUGCGAAGAGUGUGGCAAGAUCUUCCGGACGUACCAUCAGUUGGUCCUCCAUUCUAGAAUCCACAAGAAGGAACGAGGGGGAGCAGAGAGUCCCACCACACCUGUAGACGGGAGGGCCCAAAGCAUAGGCUCUUGUAGUAGUUCAUCUCUCGACCGAGCCGAAGAGUACUCAGAGGAUGGCUCCGAAGAGGGAGUGCCAGUUGACGCCUUUAAUCCAGAAAAAAUUGAGGAAGGAUCAGGAAAAAUGAAGCUGAAAAUUCUUGCUCCAAGAAAAUGCAGUUACUGUGGCAAGACUUUCCGCUCAAACUAUUACCUCAAUAUUCAUCUCAGGACACAUACUGGUGAAAAACCAUAUAAAUGUGAAUACUGUGACUACGCCGCAGCACAGAAAACGUCUUUGAGGUACCAUCUAGACAGACGUCACAAGGACAAACCUUUCACAGAAAUCCCGAACAUUCCUGCAACCCCGUCUGCUAGAAAUAUCAUCAAGGCCAUUGAACCUCCCAAGAAUGUAGAUGACAAACAAGCUUUAAAACCAGCCAAACAGUGGCUUGCUCCUAAACCUCUGCCUGCCAGUGUUAAACAUGAACCAGGCAUGAGCCAAGCCGUUAUUAACAGCACAAAUCCUUCCAUUCAAGUCAAGCAAGAUUAUGCUAGUGCUCCCGUCGCAGCUCCUUACACCCCUGUGGGUGAGGUCAACAAAAAAUACCCGUUAUCGGUAAACCCGAAGAUGGAGGAGAAGGAGGCUACCGAAGCACCUUUGAAUUUGUCUCUCAAAGUGCCACUUCCUGCAUCUGCUACCUCAGUACCCAGAAACCUGUUACCAACUAACACAUGUACCUCUUGCUCCUAUGAAACCCUUUACCCUGAGGUUCUCUUGAUGCAUAAAAAGCUCAUCCACAAGGAGAAGUUGGAUGUCAAGAAGAAUGGAUACAGGGGACCUCAGAAACAGAAACGGUACACUGGUUGCCCGCCGGCUCUUGAGGGCAAAGACGUCACUCCUUUGCCCCACAUCAACAGGAAGCAUCCCCGUCGGACCAAAUCCCCACUGCGGAAACCGGAAAAACUUGGGGAAAAGCUUCCGAAACAGCCUCAGAUGUCUAAGAUUUCUCCUGCGAAGGAGCGCUGGAGAGAUCAGCACCAGGAGGGCCAACGGGGCAGGGAAUCAGAUGCAACCAGCUCGCUUUCUAGAAUCUCAGAGCAAGAAUCUAGCAGAAAAUUAAAUGUGCCAUUGGUAAUCGAUCGAGAGUUGUCCAGGCAGAGGCCUGGCCUGGAUCAUGAGAUGAAUCAGAGGGCAAGCUUGGGCAAAAACGGAAUGGUUUGGCCCACCGAUCCAGCUAGACUUUGCCUUUCGGACCGUUUCCGAAACUUGACGCAAACAGAUGUCGGCGAACCCUCUAGCAAGAGACACAAGUCCUUUGAGCCUCUACAUACUGCAUCUGGAUGGCUCGGAGAGGAUUUCAACCGGAUCGUGCCCUCUGGCAGAAAUGUGAAAACCUCGUUGCAGGUGAACUCGCCCUUGGCUUCGGUUAAGGUGACUCCCACUCCGUCUCCCAACAACAUGCAGGCCGACUGGAAUGUCAUCAACCUGCUCCGCAACUACACGCCUAACAACCUGGCCUCGCUCUAUCACCCCGCUGCUGCAGGCUCCAGCCAUGCUGUCAUGGCCUCACCUGUCACUGGGAGCAGGUCCUUGAUCUUCCCUCACUACUCCACUAGUAUGACUCAGAGGAGAAUCCAAACCAGCCCUCUGAGUAACAAGCAUUGUGGACCUUCAGAUAAGAGCUCUUAGACCUAUCCAGGCUUCAAAAUAAAACGGUGGGGUCCUCGGUUGGGAGGAAAGUUGAACUGAUUUGAUGUUGCUCACUGUUCUUCAGACACUACCGCCGAAGGGUUUGACGUGUUGGAAGGAUGUACUGUGUGGAUACGGGCCUCGGGCUCUGCUCUAGCCUUGGCUGCAAGGCAGAACGAACUUGGACUGCAGCCUUGAACAGUGUUGUUUUGAUUCAAUUUGCAUUCCAUUAUGGCAAUAGAUUCAUCUGCGGUGCACUUAACACGAAGCUGAACGUCAGACGCACUCCGUGCAUGACAGUUGACUUGUGAAUCUGUUGUGGGUCGGUGGUUUAUUAUGACGGCCUAAAUACUAAUCAAACCACAAGCCCAGCAAGUGCCUCCAUUACUUUUUAUUAAAAGCCUAAAUGCACGAGGGGACGGCACUGACCGAAUAAACAAAGACGGCCGCUGUGUUUUUUGCUUUCCUCUAAUAGUGUCUGUAUUGUUAAUGUUUAACAUCUCUUUUGCAGGUCAACUUUAUGCUAUGCACAGAACGGGAUAAUUUCUGAAUUCGAAACCUUCUCAUUUGUACAAAAUCUAGCUGCUGUUACCGUCUCGGAUGCGAGACUUCUGAAGCAAUGGUGACGUACUGUGUACUGUUGUGUAGGUACAUUUAAAAGUAAAGUCAAAUAAGUAAAUGCAGGGACUGCGUGGAACCUCCUUCACUGUGACAAAGACAUUCAACGGGAUCCUCAGGAUUGAUGAGAAACAUAACUGUGAUUUUGCGCCUCCACUGCUGAGCAGUUUCCGCCAAAUGUGUGGUGAGCAUUUUUGAUGUGAUUGUUACGUUUUCAUACACCAGAAUGUU